AUGGAGGCCGUACAAUCCCUCAACAUCACCGAAGCGUCAAUAUGUCAACUACAGGAUGCGCUGAUUAAUUCUCAAAUCUCAAGCGUAGACCUUGUCGCGCGCUUCCUCCAUCGAAUCGGCAAACUCGAUCACCGCGGGCCAUCAUUCAACUCCAUUUGCAUCAUCAACCCCAAAGUCUUCGAUGAGGCACAGGCCUCGGACGCUUACCGCGCAUCAGGGCGUCCUCCAAGGCCUCUGGAAGGGAUUCCGUUCACCGUGAAAGACAGCUACAAGGUGGAGGGUCUCACAGUUGCAGCUGCGUCCCCAGCUUUCGAAAGCCUCGUUGCGUCUUCAGAUGCCGCGGUCGUCGAGCUACUGAGGGCUGCAGGAGCAGUACUGAUUGGGAAGACCACAAUGCCUCCCAUGGCCGACGGAGGAAGUCAGCGAGGCCUCUACGGCCGUUCAAUCAGCCCUUACAACCCCAAAUACUUGUGCACCAGCUUCGCGUCAGGCUCUUCAUACGGAUCCGCCGUAUCCACGACAUGCUCGUUCGCCCCUAUUGGUCUCGGUGGUGAGACAGUCUCAUCUGGUCGAGCGCCAGCUUCGCACAACGCGCUGGUGGGGUACUCACCGUCAAGAGGCGUCAUUCCUUCUCGCGGCCAUUGGCCAUUGUACCCGACGUGUGAUGUUGUCGCACCACACACCAAGUCUGUCGCUGACAUGCUGGCGCUUCUUAACGCCAUUGUUGCCGAUGAUGCGCACCCCAGAGGUGACUUUUGGCGCGAGCAGACGGUUGUGCCCAUACCACUCAGCUCCAAGAUCCGGCCAAGGGAUUAUUUAUCUCUCAAAGAUCCGGAGGCGUUGCGAGGAAAGCAUGUUGCUGUACCCAAGUGCUACAUCGGGAAGCAAACUUCAUCCGAAUACUCUGUGGUCUUUUCAGAAGCCACUCGGCAGCUAUGGGAGCAAGCUCGACUUGACCUUGAGACGCUGGGUGCUAAAAUCACCGAAACUGAUUUCCCUCUGGUCGAGCGUUACUCGACACAACUGUUUCCUGGGCAAGCUGCUAAUGUGCCCGGCAUCCCGAGUACCUGGAUUGAUACUGAGCGGUGUCAGAUGAUUGCCACCGCUUGGGAUGACUUUCUGCGCAACAACAGCGAUCCCGAGUGCCCUUCUCUGGAAGGCGUUGACCACAGCCAGAUCAACCCCGACUUUGCGCCGUUGGAUGAUCGGUCGGAACACACCGAACAGCAGAAUCAUGUCCGGUACGCAGAGAUGAUUGACUUCAUCCGCGACCGGCCCAACUCUAUCUACGAUCUGCCAGGUUGCGCAGAUGCGUUGAUCGCGCUUGAGGAGGCUCGUAAGAGAGACUUGGAACACUGGAUGGACGAGAAUGGCUUCGAUGUUGUCGUCUUUCCCACAAAUGGCGACGUCGGAAGAGCCGAUUCCGAGGACAACCGUGAGUCUAUGGCAUACUCCCUACGAGACGGGUUGAAGUACUCCAAUGGCAAUCGUACAAUGAAGCACUUGGGUGUGCCCGCCAUCACUGUGCCGAUGGGAUCGCUGUAUGACAAGAAAAUCCCUGUGGGGUUGACAUUCGCGGGCAAGGCCUGGAGUGACAGCGACCUGUUACGUUAUGCGUAUGCGUUUGAGUCCUCGAAGGAGCGAAGAGAGAGCCCCUCAUUGGCGCCACGGCUAGACACGGACCUGAUUCAAGUCAACACGAAUCAAGGUUCUGUCAAGCAGCAUAGGAAGCUGGAGUUGCUCGUCUCUUGUGUGGACGUAGAAGAUGAUGCUUCGACGGAAACCUUGGAAAGACGUCACGUCGCUCUCAGUGGGUUUUUGGAAGUCGACAAUUCGUCUGAGGCAGCAUCGAUGCAAGUGUUUGUUAACGGGGAUCUGAUGAGGUCUCCCACACUCAAGGAUAGCCAAUGGGAAUGGUCUGGAAUGCUGGAACGGAAGAAGAUGAAGGAGAGAUACCCAGUUCAGGGUAAGGUUGCUAGAGAUCAGUUCAUGGUUGUGGUGCUAGCUCAGACUUCAGUUGGCGACUCAAGCGGUCGCUUGGUCAUGAUCGCUUGA